UUCACUAGGGCGUGCUGGAGCCUACCCCAGCUAAGUGCAACCAGGAGGCAGAUUACACCCUGAACUGGCCACCAGCCAAUGGCAGGGCACAACUAAACAAACAACCAUUCGCACACUCCGGACAACAUAGAGUCUUCCAUUAACCUACUGUGCAUGUUUUUUGGGAUGUGGGAGGAAACCGGAGUAGCCGAAGAAAACCCACGCAGGCACGGGGUAAACAUGCAAACUCCACACAGGCGAGGCCAGAUUUGAACCCGGGUCCACAGAACUGUGAGGCAGAUGUGCUAACCGGUCGGUCACCGUGGCGCCACACAUACAUAUACACAUGUUAAUUAGUUGUUUGCCGGGGACUGAGAGUCAACGCCCCGGGCAUUCCUUUAUUCUAAGUGAUGUAAAGCAACAAGAAGACAAAAGAUGAUGAAACCACACCCUGUAUUAACCCCCUCCCAUUUUGCUCACUCACCUGUUUCUGAGGGGAUAAAACACUUCCCUCAAACAGGUUCAUCAGUUUUUCACUUGACGCCCGAGAGGUGCCUGAAGACCCUUUGGAAGCAUCCUAGUGAUUGAGUGAGGCGUCAACCAAGAACACAGUAACAAUGGGCAGGAUCCUUAUCGGCGUCAUCUCAGCACUUGCAUGCUUCAUGCUUGUGGAGACCCUCACGUGCAACCAGUGCUCCUUCGGUUUGCUCGGUUUCUGUCUGUCCUCCUCCUCUGUGGAGUGCACCACCAACACCUCUCAGUGCUUCACAGGAAAAGCAACUUUCGUCUCCAUCUCGUCCUCGGUGGGCUUCAACACCCAGGGUUGCAUCGAGGAGGCCGCCUGCAACAUGACCACCAAUGCCACCCUGCUGGGCGUGACGUACCAGGCCACAGUCGAAUGCUGCUCCACGGACGGCUGCAACCCCGCCCAGAUGAGCGGAGCCCCGUCCGCCAGGAUGACGCUCCCCGGCGCCAUCGGCGCCGCCGCCCUGGCCUCCGUGUGGGGAAGCCUGCUGUGAUGCGACCAAUGACGCCCUGUCUCGCCCCCAGCCACUCGAAAGUGUUUUAUGAUUAACAGUCUAGCACUAGCCGUAGAAAAAAAAAAUCCAUGGACAUUGCAUACAUUGCAAAUGAAGUGCGGUAUACUGUAUGUAUACACUGUGCUGACAUCGUAGAAGUUGAUCAAUGGAAUGUUUCAGGGAAACAUUGAGCUCGUAAACCUUCCGCUGUGUUUUGAAAUGCAAUUUUUAUUUAUCCUUUAUACUAAUGUGUGCCAUAACAGAAACCCGUGAUGUGAAAAUAAAGCAAAUCUGAGUUCAUA